GUAACUUGUCCUCCUCGACAGCAUUCAUCGACUACACACACUCUUGCACACGUUCCAUUUCGAUACGAUUACAUCACAUCUUUACGCCUUUGAUUCUUUACGGCAACGCGGCACGAGCAAGCCAACGACCAGCGACGACGACCACAGCGACCACUGACGCUAAGCCCAACUCAAAACAUUCAACCGUCCGUCGUCGGUCACGAGCCUCGCCUCCCCAACAGAAAGAACAACUAGCCCACAUUCAUUCAAUCCUCUCGGUGCGCGUAAUAUCACGACAACGACAACGGAACACAUCAUCCCACACUCCUUGACUCCUUCUCUCUGCAUCGACCACACAUUCAACCCCAAAGCCCUUCGCAGGCCCCCCACAAUGGCCACCUUUACCCGACAAGGACAGCCGCCUCUGACGAGGCAGCCCUCGUCGUCUGGCGACUCGCCGCGCCUCACGCGCCGCCGCUCCACGGCCGCCUCGGCUGGCAGCUUCUCCACCCCGCGACCACGGCUGGCGGGCGACCGGAUGUCGUUCAUCAGCAACGACUCGGGCUUCAGCGGGCUCUACGAGGACGACGAGCUGUGGGAGGAAGACGAGGACAUGUACGACGCUGCUCGGACGCGCGCACCCCAGCAGCGCAAAGACGAGCCGAUGAGUCCGGUGGCCGUCGUCCUCUACGUCGUGUUCUUCUACAUUGUCUGGCAGAUCCUCACCCGCUCAGACGACACGGAGAUCCUCUCGCAUCUGCCGUCUGGGUCGCCGCUCCUCUCGCCGCACGCGCUCGAGCGUAGUUCGGCUUUGCCACCCCAGCCGCAGCAGCAGCAGUACCUGCCCUACCAGUUGCCACAGCUCCCCUCGCCGAUUCAGGCGGCUGGCGGCUCAGAAUCGAGCUCGACUUGGCGCAUAGUGCUCGGCACGAUCGUCUACCCCAUCUACCUCGCGAUCGCGCUCGUCGCCAUCCCGCUGCCCUACCUCGUCAACGCGGUCAACCUGAUCCUGUCCAUCCUCUCGACCAUCCUCUACCCCGUGACGUCAACAUCCAGACUUCUCGCAAAAACCUUUGUCAUUGCGCCCCUCAACCUUGUGUACGGCUUCCUCUCCGCCCUCUACCCCGUUUACGUUUUCGUCGGCGGCGUCGUGGGCGUAGGCUGCUUCAUGGGGAUGGGCGCCGGGUGGAUCGGCCAGCUCGGCCUGUCGUGGAUCCUCGGCUCAAAGCCUGCUCCUCGCCGCCGCAAAUCGCGACGCGUCAAGUCGCCCCGCUCUACCCACGGGACGCUCUCGCAGGAGGAGCACUCUGCUCAUGCUCAGGCUCAGCCCCCAGCUCUGAGCAGGCACUCGUCGCUCCACCGCUCGGGCUCCGUCUCGUUCGAGCGCCCAAUCCUCGAGUCUCGCGCCUCUGCGACCUUUGAGCGCCCGGCUAUGUCGCGACCCACUUCCGGCACUUUUGAGCGACCCAUUCUGUCGCGCCCGGUGUCUGGGUCUUACACUGCCCCCGGCGCGCGCUCCCAUUCUGGCUCAUAUGAGCGCCGCUAUGUUCCGAUCGUCGACGUGUUACAGAUUGGCGACGAUCUCGUCGCCGUCGACGGCCAUGGCCACGGCCACGGCGGCACGGCUCGCGAAGCCGUUGUUCUCGGCCUCCGCCGCCGCGGUGUUCGUGUCUAGACUUUUCCGACACCCGCAAUCCCCUUCUUUCUUUCAAUUCUUCGGGCCGUCCCUCUUGUCAUGUAUCUCGCGCGACCCAUACUGCUCCUGUUGUAGAUUUGCUUCUUUGGUCCCUUGUUCAGUAACCCGGCAGCUUGAUGC